AAAUACGAACUUUGUCCGCAACAGCACGAUGCACGACUUGCUAUGAGUGGAAGAGAGAGGGCAAAUAAGAACAAUUCUAUGCAAUAAAGUAAAACUUAAGUUACAGCAUGAUGAUAAUUUAAUUUUAUUAUAAUUCAAAUUAGAUUGAUAAUAAUAUUUUUUAUAACUAUAAGUUUUUCGAUACAUUUCGUUAUUUUUUGUAUUAAGAAAAAAAACGUGUAAGGGUACUGAGGGUAGAUAGACAUUUCCGUCUUAUUCGAGUCGUUACUAAUUACCUACCUUACAAUUCACGUAUAACUCAUUCAGUUCAUUUCUGUGUCUGGGUAUCCUGUUCUUUGCUUUCUUUGUGCCUUUUUUAUUUAACUAUGAGUUCGCAUAAUAAUAUUGACGUAGUCAAAAGAUCGCAAAUAAUUGCGUUGCACGAAGAAGGGAGAAACAUUUCAGAGAUAGCUAGAGAAACCGGUGUGAAUUGGAAAACUGCUAGUUUGUGGAUACAACGUUUCCAAAUGGAAGGGUCGCUGUCACACCGCCAGAGGUCUGGCAGACCGAACCUUAUAGACGCCUCACAACGUCAGCUUAUGGUGAGAGAAUACGAGGAAAAUGGUUUCAAACCGACAAGCCACUAUGCCCGUUUAUUUGGCACUUGUGCGGACACGGUUCGUCGAGUUCUUCACAGUGAAGGCUUGCACAAUCGCAGGCCUGCUGUUAAGCCUCUUCUCACAGAAAGACACAAAACGGCAAGAUUACAAUUUGCGAAGGAUCACUUAGACUACGACUGGAGUAAUGUUAUCUUCACUGACGAAAAGUCUUUCAGAUCAAGUCAACAUGGCCGUCUUCAUUUAUGGCGCAGAAAUAAUACUCGGUACGAUACCAACAAUGUCGUGCCUAACAUGGAGUCGGGCCGUAUUUCGGUGAACAUGUGGGGCUGGAUGAGUGCAGCAGGGCCGGGGGAGCUCGUCAGGAUUCCCAAUCGAGCGAAUAGCGAAACAUUGUGGAAGUGCUAG